UGUUGCUGCUGCUACUGCUGUGUUUACCUUGAGAUGGGGGUCUCUGGGCUGAAGCUGGUGGCUGUCCUUGGAGGGGCCUCUCUGCUGUUGGGGCUCCUGGCCUGCUACAAGGCUGGCUCUGAGCCUCAGGUAUUCAACCAAUUGAAUUUCCAGUCUUUUCGGAGAAGAGAUAAGCCUCUUUACAAGCUUGACAUAAACUGGCCUAAAUCCCCAGAAAAACUGACAGGUCAAACAUUUUGUGUUGCUGUUGACCACAUCAAAGAAUUAGUUUACAUUGGGCAGAGAGGUGGUGAUGAUGUGCCAAAGGUUGUGGUGUAUGACGAGGAAGGCUAUUUCUUAAAAGCAUGGAAUACUACCAUUGAAAUGCCCCAUGGCAUGUUUGCACUGAACACACUCAAUGCAAGUUCCAUUUGGAUCACAGAUGUUGGAACUGGUGAGAAUGGACACACAGUUAAACAAUACAGCCCCUCGGGAGAAUUACUUCAAGUCAUAGGUACGCCGGGGAAAGCAGGUUCUGGGACAAACCCCUUGCAGUUUGACCAGCCAGCAGAGAUUUUUGUUGAAGAAACAGGUGACAUAUACAUUGUGGAUGGUGAUGGGGGUAUGAACAACCGCCUGCUCAAAGUCACCCCAGAUUUAAAGACUCUAUGGCUGCAUGGGGAAGAGGGUUCUGCCAUUACACAAUUCAGGAUUCCACACAGUGUAACAGUGGAUUCGGUUGGACGGGUGUGGGUUGCUGACAGAGCCAACCAGCGGAUCCAGGUUUUUGACAAAAUCACAGGAGAAUGGUUGGGCUCUUGGAGCAGCUGCUUCACACAAGAUGGUCCUUACUCAGUCAGGUUGACUCCUGAUGGGAAGUAUGUAAUCGUGCUCCAUCUAAAUAUUGGCACGAUAUCAAUCUUGGCUGCUCCACCAAUCGGAUUAAUUGGAGAUUGUGUUGUAGUAGACACAAUUCAACUAGCCAACAAAGUCAAGCCCCAUCUUAUGGAUAUCAACAAACAAACUGGAGCUAUUUAUGUGGCAGAAAUUGGAGCUCAGCAAGUACAGAGAUAUGUGCCUCUAAACUAAUAACUUCACAAGCAAGUUCUGGAAUGUUUUUCUCCAAUCGGAUUGCCUUCAACUGUACAAGAUGGGGUCCCUUGGAUUAAUCUGAAGUGCACUUUAAUUUUACUUUCCAAGCCUAUCUCAGGGACUUAAUUGUUUUGUUUUGGCUAUGUAUUUUAGAUUACUGUUCAAUUGUUUCUCCUUACAGAUGACUCCUUCAGAAUACCUCUUUAGUAUAACUGCAAGAUUUAAUCUGUAAGUAACUUCUUAAGAGGAUCAGAACUUUGGUUCAUUGUAGCUGAUUUUUUUGUUUGUUUGUUUGGUUUAAUGGUCAGCCAAGUACCCGCACCGUUACGUUCUUGUGAAUGGGCACAAACAGAUUAGUCUUGCCUGUAUUAACAAAGGCAAGAGUGACAAUUUUCCACAAUUUGAGUUAUGUCAUUUUCUAUUUGAACAAGUAAAAUAAUCUAAUAAAACCCUAUUCUAGGGAGGCUAAAUUAGCUUCCAUAAAAAGCAGGAUUGUUUUGGUGGUAGUCCCAAUGUCCUGGAAUUACCGUGUUAGUACUGCCUCUCCCUGCUAUCCUUUUAGAAGAAGGUUAAAACCUUCCUUUUUCAAUCAGUGAGUUAUUUUAUAUACUAUUGAGAGAUCGAUAUACGUAGCGGUAUAAUAUAUAUAGUGCUCUAGGAUUACUUGCUUUCUGAUGUUUUGGAAAAUGACAGGAAAAUUCAACGUUUGUGCUUACCAGUCCCUAUCUACAUGCUGCAACUGUUGCAAAUUUGCAACACGGAUGUUAUUUACAUUAACACUUUUGUAUGGUUUAUAAGAUCUUAAAAUGUUUUUAAUUUUUCUGGAUUUUAUUUGUGAAUCAUCAAAUGCAAACUGGUAUGUAAAUAUAGAGAAAAAGACCCUGUUUUGGAAAUUAA